CACUCUUUCAUCAUUUUUCACCAUGACCCAAACUGAGGCUCAGAAAAACGGAACAACCGGCAAAGGCAAAUAUCAUUUCUAUGAUAUCGCUCAAAAAGUGGUCCAACAAGUCCGCAGCGAAUCCGACUCGGGAGCCCAUCAAACCUUGAGAAGUUAUCCCGGAAAUGCGAACAAAGCAGGCCAGGCCAAAGAAGCGGCCAAGAUUUACGGUAUCGAUCAUCCUGGUUCUACGGGCGUUAUCUAUGUAAUGGAUCGAGCGAUGCAGAAUGGCUUUACUUAUGGUGACAGCUCCUGGGCCAAUUUUGGUCAAGGAGCUCCUGAAGUGGGUCAUAUUGAUGGUUGCAGUGAUAAGCCUACCAAUAUUGAAAUUCCCGUGUCAGCGUUUGAGUAUGCUCCCACCGCAGGCAUCAAAGAACUUCGUGCUAAGGUGGCUGACCUGUACAAUGACGUUUAUCGCAAGGACAAAGCGAGCAAGUACACUUACGAAAAUGUUUGCAUUGUUCCUGGUGGUCGUGCAGGAUUGACACGCGUCGCGUCUACCAUUGGAGAUAUUAAUGUUGGAUAUUUCUUGCCAGAGUAUACUGCCUAUGAACAAAUGUUGUCUGUUUUCAAGCGUUUUGUCCCUAUACCCACGACUCUCGAUGAAGAGACUCGUUAUCACAUCGAUCCGGCCACUAUCCGCAAAGAGAUUUCAGGUCGCGGCCUUGGCCUGAUUGUUGCUUCUAAUCCCCGCAAUCCUACCGGUCAAUUGAUAGAAGGGGAUGAAUUGCGAGACUUGGUCGAAGUCGCGAGAGAGCGUCAUACGACAUUGGUGAUGGAUGAAUUCUACUCGGCCUACAUCUACUCUCAUGACGAAUCGGAAAAUGGACGCACAGUGAGCAUUGCUGAAUACGUUCAAGACGUGGAUAAUGAUCCGGUGAUCAUUAUUGAUGGCUUGACAAAGAACUUUAGACUUCCUGGAUGGCGUGUUUGUUGGAUUGUGGGACCAAAAAGCGUGAUCUCUUCCAUGCAAAGUUCUGGUUCGUUCUUGGAAGGCGGUGCGAACCAUCCAUUGCAGUUAGCCGCUCUUCCUCUGCUUGAUCCUGCCGUAUAUAAAAACGAGGCCAAGUAUCUCCAAGUUCAUUUCCGUAGCAAGCGCGACUACGUUCUUCAGCGACUGGAAGAAAUGGGACUCAAGGUGCGCGUUCCUCCGCAAGCCACCUUUUAUAUUUGGCUGGAUCUCAGUGGACUGCCAUCACCCAUCAAUAUUGGUCUCAACUUUUUUGAAGAGUGUUUGCAGGAAAAAGUUAUUUUGGUGCCUGGUAUAUUCUUUGAUGUCAAUCCUGCCAACCGUCGUGAGCUCUUUGAGUCUCCUUGUCAUCACUUUGUGAGACUCAGUUUCGGUCCUCCAAUGGAGGAAUUAAAGAAGGGUCUUGCAGGCAUUGAACGAGUGAUCACCAAAUUUCGUGACAGUGCCGCCAGCCAUUAAAUAAAAAAUGUUCAUUGAAGCCAACUCAUUUGAUUGAUGAUUAUAUACAAUUUGAAUAUCAUUAAAACAAUA